AUGUCACAUAAUAAACUACCAACCAACGAAGACAUUUUUGAGCCUUUAAAUUCUCGCAAGUGCAAAAUACGGGAAAAAUGGUGUCAUGGUGACGACCAACACCCCUUGUAUCGCGAUCUUGAUAAUAAAAAAAGAAGAUUUGGCUUUCGAAUAAGUUUUAGCUUAGUGAAAAACGUUCUAAAGGAAAAACUGUGUGGUCAACGUCGUAGUAUAUUGGUGGUAGUACCUGGAACGAUACUCCAGACUGUGUGGAAAGCCAAGCGGGUUGAAUUGGAAGGCCGAAGUAACGAAGACCCCGUAUAA